AUGAAUAUAUUCUUUUUUCAGGAAAGUUCAAUUUCUGCAAAGGAGAAUGAUAGUCAAUCGAAUAGAAGCCGUGAAAAAAUCGCCCCAAAAUCGGAGGGUUUAGUCACAGGACUUGAUGAAACUGAAUGGAAAUCAAGGAUUACAACUCCGGAAAUUGUUUUAAAGGAGAUUCGGACACUCGAAGGAGUUUCAUAUUAUCAUGGAAUGGUGGCUAGAGAUCUAGUUGAAUCGAAGCUCACAAGAUGCGGAGAUUAGUUGAUUCGAGCAACUGACAAUCGUAUUAUGGAGUUCGAGUUCAUUUUGUCAUUUUUCAAUAAAAAACGGAUUCACAGUCAUUUGACUAUCAAAUGCGACGUUGAAGCUGGCAAAUGGGCUCUUGGAUUGUUGUCAGUCAAUCAAUUUUCAUCAGUUAUUGACCUCACCAACUUCUACAAAACUAAUCCAAUUGGAGCUGGCUUCUUCUUGAAACGAGCAAUUUCCAAGGGAAAGUACAUGAUUGCUCAUGAUCGUAUUAAAUAUUCUCCGAAAGACGAUCUACUCGGCACCGGAAAUUUCAGUGAUGUCUUCUGUGGAAAGCUCGAAUUGGAGAAUCAAAUGGUGAAUGUGGCACUGAAAACCACGAAACUUCUCGGCGAUACGAUGGAUCCAACAAAGAAUGUGAAAGCCAAUAAGAUUAAAAAGGAAAUUAUCCAGGAGGCAGAAGUUAUGAGUCAGCUUCGUCACGCAAAUGUCACAUCGUUCUUUGGUAGUGCUGUCGAUCGUUUACCGAUUCUUCUGAUCAUUUAGUUCUGCAAUGGUGGUAACCUUCAAGGACAUCUCAUCAAAUUUGGAGACAGAAUUGGAACUAAUGAACGUUUUCUGUAUUUGCAUGAUGCUUCAGCUGGCCUCAAUUACAUUCAUGCAAUGUCUAUCACUCAUCGUGAUAUUGCUGCUCGUAACUGCCUCAUCUCAGUCAAUGGUUUUGUGAAGUUGUCUGAUUUUGGAAUGGGUCUUAAAGUUCGUCGAAAUGAGAGUGCAAUGAAAGCGGAAGACAACGGUGAAGAACCUCAUCUGCCAGCUCGUUAUUCGCCUUCUCAAAGAUGUCCUCGUAUCUGCACCGACACAACGGACCACUGCAGACAAGUUUUAUAA